GAAUUAUUUUUCUUUUCAUCGUAGAGUAGAGUCUUCAAAUUCCGACUGGUUUCUCGUUGUCUGACUUUGAAAUUUUCCACACUUUUUGUUUCUCAACUUUAUUGAGAAGUGUGUGGCGUUUCAGAAUCAUAUGAUAAUAGACUUCAAUUUCUAUUUAACUUUUUUUCGUUUAAAAGGUUCUUCUACGAAAAAAGAAGAUGUUUGUCUUCGAAGAAUUGGAACAUAAUUCCGUCGAAAAUUUAUAAUUCCGUCUAUGGAAGGCUUUAAAACCGUAGUAAAUUUUAAACAAAAGAGAUCUGUUUUCAACUCUCAAAAAAUUUGAGAAUUUAUUUCAUUGAUGAAUUGAAAUCUCUUUUUUUAAUCGUUGUUGAUCUCAAAAACAAUUGAAGAAUGCA